UCACGUACAUUAUACAUUUUCAGUACUGACAGCUGACAGUGAAUCUCGGAAUGCAGCCCUAGUCAGAGUUUAUUUUUCUCCUUUUCUCUUUUUGUGAAGAGAAAAAGAUAAACUCUGAACUAGUGCCACUAGUGUAACCAGUUCAGCUAUAAAAGAACAGAUCUACAUUGCAUGGUCUUUAAUAUCGAUUAUGCAUGAAAGACAGCUGAAUAUUUGAAAAACAUUUCAACGAGCAGAAUAAAAAAUAAUAAUUCCGAAACAGUCUUCUCUAAACAGAUAAUAUGGAUACAGAAAUGGGUACAGAUAUGGAUACAUCAAUAUCCACAGAUCCAGAAGAACUAAUUUUGGAUUAUUCAUCACCCACUCUGAUUGAUGUUAUCGAUUUAACUAAAGAAUCACCAAGAAACAAACCUUCAUAUUUACCUUCAUGUCAUGGAUGUACUGAAAAUGCAUCUACGAGUCAUCAUAUAACUAGGCCAUCUAGACAUAACUCACAUAGGGAUGUCUUGUCCCCUAUAGUUCUAGGAAGGGGACAAAAUACUCAAAUAGAUUAUCUUGUAGAGAGAACAAGAGUGGAUUAUGAUAUUGCAAGCAACAAUGAAAUUGUAAAUUUUGAUAAUACUAUCGAAAUUAAAGAUGAUAAAGUGGAAGCAGAUAAACAAGUUAAAAAUGAUAAACAAGACGUAGAUGAAUAUUACACAUUUGAAUCAGAUAAUAGAAUGCCAGUAUCUUUAACAUGUCCAAUAUGUUUGGAAACAUUAUCUUCUAGUUUAAAACCCAUGACUACUCGUUGUGGACAUUUAUUUUGUGAAAACUGUUUGAAAGAAUCUAUUCAAAAAUAUAAACAUUGUCCAACCUGUAAAACAACUAUAAAAUUAAAAUCUUGUAUUCGUGUAUAUCUUUAAAUAUGUAUAUUAUUCACGAGCAUUGUAUAAGUUUUAUAAAUUUUUGAAUAUUUUAUAUUGUGAUACUAUUGCACAUAAUUCGAAAAAUAAUUUUAAAUUUACUUCAGUUGUUUUUCUUCUUUCUCUAAAUCUGUCAUUGUCUUAAGGAACCCAAUGAUCAGGUUCUUGAAAUAUAUUUUCUCUGUUUCAGAGAAAAUGUCAAUUAUGCUUUUCAUGUUAUUAUGUUUCUAAUUAUUCAAUUGCAUUCACAUAAAUGUCAUUUUUCAUAAGAUGACUUGUAACAAAAUUACAUAAUUAAUGGAUAUUUAUUUAUAAUAAAAAUUAGUUUAUUUUAUAUAAUAAAAAUUUUGUAUAAUAUUUUUAUAAUAAAAGUUUUGCUGUUUCCAGAUAGCUUUAGAUGAUUAGUUUUGUAUUAUGAUUAUUUAAAACAUAGAUUUAACAUUGUAUAUAAUACAAAUAAUAAUUUUUAUUUCUUUUUAUAAGACUGCCCCUUAAGAUGUAAUAGUGAAACUGAAGUAAUUUGAAAUAUAUGAUAAAUGAUGCAAU